AUGGAGCGCUCCGGCAGCGUCCAGCUGGACAUUCCCGACUUCUGUAACUCGGUCCUGUCUCACCUGAACCAGCUGCGGGUUCAGGGGCGCCUCUGCGACAUUGUGGUCAAUGUUCAGGGCCAGAGUUUCCGUGCCCACAAGGUGGUCCUGGCUGCCAGCUCGCCAUACUUCCGGGACCACAUGUCUCUGAGCCAGAUGAGCACGGUGUCGCUGACGGUGAUCCGGAACCCGUCGGUGUUUGAGCAGCUGCUGACUUUCUGCUACACGGGUCGCCUCUGCCUGCAGCUCGCUGACAUCAUCAGCUACCUGACGGCCGCCAGCUUCCUGCAGAUGCAGCACAUCAUCGACCGCUGCACCCAGAUCCUUGAGGGCAUCCACCUGAAGAUCAGUCUGGCUGACCUGGACGAGGGGUCCAGGGAGGACGAGGUGGUGCGGGGACCCAGAAGCAGCAGGACCCUGGAGGCCGUGGUGCGAGGAGGAGCUCAUCAUGGUGGUCUGCGGCUUCUUGGCCCGCGUGGAAGCGCCGAACCCAGCGAGGUGGUCAGCCCGACCGAGGAGCCGCUCAGCCCACCGCCAACCGUGGAGCACAGCGGGCUCGAAGGGUCCGGGGCCUCCAGCAGCCGAGCGGGCAAAGAGCCGAUCCUCCGCAUAAACCGGGCGGGGCAGUGGUACGUGGAGACGAGCAGCGAGCCGGAGCGGGCCGACAGCGCUGAUGAGCGAGCGGAGGGCGUCAGGAUAAAAACUGAGAGGAUGGAGGACUGGAUCGGAGCGGGAGAGCAGCAGGAGGAGGGGGGCCCGAUGGAGGAGGGGGCCACGGUGAUGAUCGACACAUCAGGACGCAGCACGCUGGUGACGGCGCCACUGGGAUCUCUGGGGACCCGCAGCACACAACCGUCCUCCAGCUUCAGCGAGGCGGACAGGUUCAGUCCCACCGGCAGCGUGGUCGUCCUCACGGAACGUCAGAGAGCAAAGAGUGAGUCUCCGAGCCGAGCCGACGAGCUGCGACAGCCAAACUCGCAGGGGGAGGAGCAUGCAGCGUUUGAUAUGGGCGGCUACGAGGAGUACCUGAGGGAGCAGGUAGGAGACCGUUGGUUCCGCUAUAACCCUCGGCUGACCUGCAUCUACUGCUGCAAGUCCUUCAACCAGAAAGGCAGCCUGGACCGCCACAUGCGCCUGCACAUGGGAAUCACGCCGUUCGUCUGUCGCAUCUGCGGGAAGAAGUACACCCGCAAAGACCAGCUGGAGUACCACAUCCGCAAGCACACCGGCAACAAACCCUUCCACUGCCACGUCUGCGGGAAGAGCUUCCCCUUCCAGGCCAUCCUCAACCAACACUUCCGCAAGAACCACCCAGGCUGCGCCCCGCAGGAGGCGCACAGCGCAUCCCCCGAGACCACCACCGCCUCCGUCACGUCCAGGGGAGGUCCGAGCGACGAGGCCUCACCGAGCCAAGAGGAGCCUGAAGGUGGAGGCGGGAGUGGUAACGGUGGAGGCCAGUACGGGGAGGGUGCUCAAACCUCCGUUUCCACCACGGGGCCCGACUGACCUCAGCAACAGGACGUGGGCGGGGCUAAGUCCAUUCCUGUUGUACCUGAAACCUUCAGGACGUUCUGAAGACAACGAACACCUCAGAGUCCAAACUGAGAUUUUUUAUUUUCCGCUUUAAACCGCAUCUACCUUCACUAACCAAGCCGGACCGAUUAAGCUAAAUGAAGAAACGCCACACACUCCCAACAACCUCAUCGCGCCACAGAGUUCCGUGGUUCUCGUUCGCCUCCGUCACGUUUUCUGUUACACCUUUAUACUUUUAUAUUCACAGCUUCACAAAGCGGCGUCACAGCGGUCCGUCUGGUCAGGACUUUGCCAAAAUACUCAGUGCCAGUUUACCGGUUCAAAUCCUUUUUGUUUGCCUUGAGACAAUCCGGAGCAGUCAGGUUAAUAAUAAUUAUAAUAUUUAUGCUCUUUAAGUGC